AUGUCUCUGAAUGCUACGCCUGCGACUCAAUCGCAUAACUAUGAGCAUAAUGGUGAAGUUGACGUUCCGAUGGAAGAUGCGGACCCUUACAACCGAACCAAAUACCCUGCUCGCCCUGCUCACCAACAUCGACUAUCGUCACAGUUUCUCGGCGAAACCUCUACUGCCGCACAGCGUUAUUCUCCCCUGAACACCCAACCCACAAAUACCUCGUACGCAUCGAAUCCCCAGACUCAGAAUCAAAACAACUUCUCGCACAUCAAUCAGCCACAGUCCUCGCGACAAUCUCCCAGCCGUCAGGGAGCUUAUAACCUGGAACGAUAUGCUGAUCCUCCUCCAACACCGACCAGAUACACGUCAAGUUACGGCUCUAUCCUGCAAAACUCUGAACUGAGCCCCGAAGCCUACUAUCCCAUUUCUUCGGGCAAUGGACGUCCAGCGCCGCCCUCGCGACAACAGUCAUAUGGACCAGGACCGGUUCCGAGAUUCAGGAAAGUCAACACAUUGCAGGACCUCAACCCCAGAGUUAAUGCACAACCGCUAUAUCGCAGAGCCAACCCCGAAGGCGGGUUUAUCAGUCCCUUGCAAGCUCUCACCUCAUACCUUCCGGCCACAUAUCGCAUCUGCAAUCCCAGCUUCAAGUACGAGUCGUCACGAAACCCAAGGCGAGUUUUAACAAAACCAAGCAAAGGAACCAAGAAUGAUGGCUACGAUAACGACGAUAGCGACUAUAUUCUCUACGUCAAUGAUAUUCUGGGAAGUGAAGAAGCAGGCCACAAGAACCGCUAUCUCAUUCUCGAUGUGCUCGGCCAGGGUACCUUCGGCCAAGUGGUGAAGUGCCAGAAUUUGAGGACUCAGGAAGUCGUUGCUGUCAAGGUUAUCAAAAAUCGGACCGCCUAUUUCAAUCAGAGCAUGAUGGAGGUGUCUGUUCUGGACCUUCUCAACCAAAAAUUCGACAAAAACGACGACCACCAUCUCUUACGCUUGAAGGACACUUUUAUCCAUCGGCAGCAUCUCUGUCUUGUUUUCGAGCUUCUCAGUGUUAAUCUGUACGAGCUCAUCAAACAAAACCAAUUCCGAGGUCUCAGCACCACCCUCGUUCGUGUCUUUGCACAACAACUGCUGAAUGGCCUAGCAUUGUUGAACAAGGCUCGGCUCAUCCACUGUGAUCUGAAACCCGAGAACAUUUUGUUAAAGAAUCUCGAAAGUCCCAUUAUCAAGAUCAUCGACUUUGGAUCCGCUUGUGAUGAGAGGCAAACUGUCUACACGUACAUACAAUCCCGGUUCUACCGGUCCCCCGAGGUUUUACUGGGUCUGCCAUAUUCUUCUGCUAUCGACAUGUGGUCCCUUGGAUGCAUUGUUGUGGAGCUUUUCCUGGGGCUGCCUCUUUUUCCCGGAUCCUCCGAAUACAAUCAAGUCUCUCGAAUCGUCGAAAUGCUGGGCAUGCCUCCAAUGUGGAUGCUAGAGAUGGGAAAGCAAUCGGGCGAAUUCUUCGAAAAGACAACAGACGAGUUUGGUCGCCGCAACUAUCGGCUGAAAAGCAUGGAGCAGUAUUCCCGCGAGCACAAUGUGAAAGAGCAACCCAGUAAGAAGUACUUCCAAGCGACGACUCUACCCGAAAUCAUCCGCAGUUAUCCUAUGCCUAGGAAGAAUAUGAAGCCUGCAGAAAUUGAGAGAGAAAUGAACAAUCGCGUUGCUUUCAUCGACUUUGUUCGCGGUUUGCUCACAAUCAACCCGCUUGAACGAUGGUCACCUCAACAAGCCAAGUUGCAUCCAUUUAUAACGCAACAAAAGUUUACACAACCAUUUGUGCCUCCCAUGAACUUGAAAUCUCCUUCGUCCAGCAAGACUCCUGCGCCUGGUGUGCAGCAGCAACAACAAGCUGAAGCAUUGAGCAAACAGCGAGCGGCUCAAGCCGCUCAAGCACAAGCCCAGGCCCAAGCUGCGCAGGCCCAGGUGCAGGCCCAAACGGCGGUUCAAAAUGCCUACGCCUUGCAGAUGAGUCCCUACCAGCAACCUCAACCUCCACCGAUGUACAACGCCAUGUAUCCGGCUCAUCAACAGGGUGCUCCUCCGCCCUAUCCUACACAUUCAUCGAACUACGCUCCCCAAAUGGGCGUGAUGACCCAACAAACCCCUCAGAUGAACCCUAGUCAUUACAAUCAUCAACAGAGUCUGUACGCACAAGCCACGCAAAGAGCAGGCCGUCAACGGGCAUCGACCAUGGACCAGCAGCAGGGUGGAAUUCCUCCUGCUAUCCAGCGAGUUACCAGUCAUUUGGACCCAAACGCACCUAUCAGGCUUCAACCUAGUCCGGCCUACUAUCCACCUCCUGCAGAUGGCUACGUUGACUCGCCAUCGACGGCACGAAGACGCGGUAGCCGCGCUCAAAGAAAUCGUGACUUCAUCCGGACUUUGGAAGAUGGUGCUAUGGGGGACAACUUCAACUCACAGUGGCACUGA